AUGGCUCCUACAAGUCCCGGGGGACAACAGUGUAUAGAGACAAGACAAGUUCCGGGGGACAACAGUGUAUACACAAACCAGACAUGUCCCGGGGACAACAGUGGUAACACAGACCAGACAGGUCCCGGGGUCAACAGUGGAUACACAUACCAGACAUGUCCCGGGGACAACAGUGUUAACACAGACCAGACAGGUCCCGGGGAAAACAGUGUAUACACAGACCAGACAUGUCCCGGGGACAACAGUGUUAACACAGACCAGACAGGUCCCGGGGAAAACAGUGUAUACACAGCCCAGACAUGUCCCGGAGACAACAGUGUAUACACAGACCAGACAGGUCCCGGGGUCAACAGUGGAUACACAUACCAGACAUGUCCCGGGGACAACAGUGUAAACACAGACCAGCCAGGUCCCGGGGAAAACAGUGUAUACACAGACCAGACAUGUCCCGGAGACAACAGUGUAUACACAGACCAGACAUGUCCCUGCGGACAACAAUGUAUACACAGACCAGACAGGUCCCGGGGGACAACAGUGUGA